AUGUGCACAAGGCGAUUUUUGUCUGUGCAGUAUUCGGCCAAUGACAACAUCAUCAAGCUCUUCGAAGCUGACGCAAAGGCCCUGGAUGCCGUCAUCCACUUCCUCUACCACCUCGACUAUCCUUCUGAUCCGAGCCUGCUGGCUCCCGAGGACGACAAUCAGGCAGCUGAUCGAAUUAAUGGCGCAAAUGGGGAAAACAAUCACGAUGAUAGCCCGGUGUCGGUCAAGACUGAGGAGCCCGCAUCAUCACUCGAUGACUUCCUUCCCAUCUCUGUCUCAAAAAGUGCAGCAAAGCAACGCAAGAAGCGAGCCCGGAGAAAAUCCAUGACGCGUGGCCCAUCUGAUCCGCCAGGAACGAUAACAGAAGUGAUUGUGCUACCGGACGAUCACGGCGGCGGAGAUCGUGAAGAGGGCGCGUCGCUUGUCCAGGCCCCAGUGAUUGUCAACGGUUCGGGACAUGCAAAUACACCACCUAGGUCGCCCACAACUGACAGCAAAGAGGGAGGCAUAGUUCUCCACGCUAAAGUGUACGGUCUCUCCAAGCAACUCGGCAUCGACUCGUUGCAGGCACUUGCACUGCUCAAGUUCGAGACGGAUGUAGAAGAGCAGUGGUCCUCGGAUGAGUUCAUUGAUGGCGCAAGGGAACUAGCGUCGAUUCUUACAAAGAGCGACAAUGAUGACGGGAAGAUCAGGGAGGUCAUCCUUGAUACUCUUUGCAAGCAUGUUGAGCUCCUCAACAAGGAAGGCAUAGAAAUUGUCAUACGAAGUAUGGAUCUGGGAUACGACAUUGUGAAACAGUUGAAUAAGCGCGGUCUCAUUGCUUCCGCCGGGUAA